CACUGUGCAUGCAUAGGAGCUUGACUGGAGUUUGUUGUCGUGUGAAACAGUACGACGAAGCCAGUAGCACAUGAACGGCUGAAGAGCGAGAACGUCGCGCCCUCGCCCAAUGCUCUCAUUUACCUCAUAAUUCUAGACUCAAGCGUACAAUAAUCAUAGAUACAUUUUUCAUUGAAAAGUUCGGUGACUUCGUAGUGAUUUGUGAAUGAGAAAGUUUCACGUGUGUGGAUUUCCAGUGCUGAUGUUGGUCUCAGCGUAACUUCUCCAAGGAUGUGGCGAUGACGCUUGGGAGCAUGGACGCCAAGGACACGCAGGUCCACCUGCCGCUGAACGGGCGCGGCAGCCGGGGGGACCUGAACGAGAAGGUUAUGUUCUCACAGAAGUCGCAGCCUUACGCCGAACAACUCAACAAUGCCCAGCUCACUGGGGGAUCUCAAAUCAACUUAUGCAACGGGGUACCAGGUGGGGCAGCUAUAACGGGCUUGACUCCAAAGAUUCCAAAUGGCUACGGCGACCAGAAGAAGCCUAUGGCCUCUCUCACACAUCUUCCGAAAAGGCCGCCAGUCGACAUAGAAUUCACUAACCUCUCGUACUCAGUGAGCGAAGGCAGGAAGAGAGGGAACAAAACUUUGCUCAAAGGUAUCAAUGGAACCUUCCGCUCAAGCGAACUUACCGCCAUAAUGGGUCCAUCGGGAGCCGGGAAAAGUACUCUGAUGAAUAUAUUAGCAGGUUACAAAACAUCAAAUGUCGUCGGAUCUAUACUCAUAAAUGGCAAGGAAAGAAAUUUGCGAAGAUUUCGGAAGCUAUCCUGUUACAUCAUGCAAGAUGACUGCUUACUACCACAUCUCACUGUCAAAGAAGCGAUGUACGUGUCAGCCAACUUGAAACUUGGGAAAGAUAUGACAAUCGCUGCCAAGAAGAUAGUAGUCAGAGAAAUAUUAGAAAUGUUAGGGCUAUCGGACGCGAGCGACACGCGAACAAUAAGUCUAUCAGGGGGGCAGAAGAAGCGCCUGUCGAUAGCUUUAGAAUUAGUUAACAAUCCUCCUGUGAUGUUUUUCGAUGAGCCGACUUCAGGAUUGGAUAGCUCGUCGUGUUUCCAGUGUAUAUCUUUGUUGAAAUCACUGGCGAGAGGAGGAAGGACAAUAAUAUGCACAAUUCAUCAGCCGUCCGCUAGACUCUUUGAGAUGUUCGACUUUUUAUACACGCUUGCUGAAGGGCAGUGUAUAUACCAGGGGAAGGUCACUGGAUUAGUGCCGUUUUUAUCGUCACAGGGCCUGAACUGUCCUAGUUAUCACAACCCUGCUGACUAUGUAAUGGAAGUGGUAACUGGCGAGUAUGGAGAUUGGGUUCACAAGUUGGUGAUGGCUGUGAACAAGGGAAAAUGCGACCGUGGCCAGUCCUCCACCUCGUCGUCUACGUCCUCAGUCCCACAAAACCUCAACUACAACAACCAGACUAGGAAGAACAAUACUGAAAAAGCUGAUCUGGAUAUUGUUAUAGAUAAACCAACUUGCACUGUGAUAGACAUGUCGGAACCACCGAUGAAUACAGAAAAACAACUGGCCCUACCAAACGCUACAAACUUGGCUCCAGUCACUUGCACCACAUCUUUAUUAGACUCCAGCGAGAGUUUCUCUAAGAAACCAGUAAAAAGCGGAUUUCCUACUUCUGGAUGGAAGCAAUUCUGGAUUCUUCUAAAGAGAACAUUCAGAAGUAUACUCAGAGAUCAAACGUUGACGCAUUUAAGGCUGUUUUCGCAUACUGUCGUGGGCCUGCUCAUAGGAUUCUUAUAUUAUGACAUCGGAUCUGAUGCCGCAAAGGUGAUGAGUAACGCUGGCUGUAUUUUCUUCACUGUGAUGUUCACUAUGUUUACGGCUAUGAUGCCUACAAUUCUUACAUUCCCAACUGAGAUGAGCGUGUUUGUGAGGGAGCAUUUGAACUACUGGUACUCAUUAAAGUCUUUCUACUUCGCGAAAACCAUGGCUGAUCUGCCGUUCCAGAUCGUAUUCAGCGGGGUUUACGUCAUAAUAGUAUACUUCAUGACCGGGCAGCCGAUGCAGACCGACCGAGUACUGAUGUUUGUCACCAUCAACAUCUUGACGGCACUGGUCGCCCAGUCGCUGGGCCUCCUCAUAGGAGCCGCGAUGAAAAUAGAAACAGGUGUCUAUCUCGGACCUGUCACGACAAUACCAGUAGUACUUUUCUCAGGCUUCUUCGUCAACUUCAACGCAAUACCGAACUACUUGCAAUGGCUCACGUACUUAAGCUACGUAAGAUACGGAUUCGAAGGCGCCAUGCUGGCGGUGUAUGGAUUCGAUAGAGAGAAAUUACAUUGCUCCGAAGUCUACUGCCAUUUCAGGAAGCCAGAAAACUUUUUGAAAGAAAUGACUAUGGAUAACGCGAAUUUUUGGGUCGACGCUGGCGCUCUGUGCGCGUUGUUCGUUUUUAUUAGAGUAAUCUCAUAUUUAGUUCUAAGGUUCAAGUUGAAGAUGAUGCAGUAGAGGCACAAAUUCGACUCGCUUGUAAUGGUAAUAUGUUCACUCAUUGUCGAUGACAUCAUCCACAUAUAGGUGGUUAGAAAGUUAUAUUUAUGGUUUGUAGUUUUGUGAAUUUAAUGAAUAUAUAUUUUUAUGCAGAUAAUAAAGUCAACCAGUCUGCUGGAUUUGUCGAUAUUUUUACUGUGAUUUAAUUAGUAUAACUAGUAUAACUAUCUUCCUGGUAUGAAAUGCGAGGUGGAUGUUGCUAGUUAGGGUUAAUGUUAAUAUUUUGUAGAGGAUAUCGAACGGUGACACCGAAGCUACUGGUGAUGUUGUUGACAAUGAACAAAUUUCUCCAGUUAUCGUGGAUUAUGAUAUUAAAAUAGGUUAUCUAAUUGGGAAUGUAAGGAUUCGUAUCAAUGGCCAGAUGUGGUUGCUAAACCCUGAAAAGUGUACUAUAAUUGUGGUUAUUUAAAUGAAAAUGAUUGAAGUGAAAAUGGUGAUUUCUAGUUAUGUUAGAUGGAAAUUAGUUUAAUACCCAUCAGUAUCUAGAUUGUCUAGACUAUACUGCUAUUUGUGCUCGAUAGAUCUCUGGAGUAAUUGUCAAAUAAGAGGGAGUAAAAUUAAUGGAUCUAACUGUGUGAGGAAGAACGAUUGUAAUUAAAUUUUCUGAAUGAUCAAUUAGUUUUUGCGUAUGUUUGAUUAUACAUAUAAUGUACUUAAUCUGGUAUAUCCAUCAAGAAUAUGAGCGAGUCGUUCAAAUUAAUUGGUCAUCAGCGCAAAAGUGGCUCUAAACUUAAAAUAUGCAGCAUGAAGUUAAUGAAUUUGUAUAUUCAUUCAUCUAUUAUAAGUAUGUUAGAAUAUGAACCUAUAAUUGGUUAGGCCACUUUUGAGCUUCUAUAUUAAUAGUCAGAAGUGAACACAAUAUUGUGUUGUUUAAAGUAAAAUACUUCUUUAACAAAAUUCCGAUUAGAUCAAAUAAAUUAUUAGUAUCUUACCAUUGUAUAUAGCUUUGGUGGAUUACACGCCGACCCCUAUACUUACAUCACAUUUAAUCUGGGAUUAUGUCGUUUUUUCUACGAUUAUAUGUUCAAAUGAGUGGCCUAGGUGUGGCCCAGCAGUGAAUUUCGUGUUAUGUCGUCACAAUUCGCUUAAGAUCGUACUUAUAAUGCGCAGUUUUCUUACAUUCCUAAUCUCUGACGCGAUUAUUAUAAUAGUUUUCGAAAUAUUUAGCUUUCUAGGAUGCAGGAAUUACAUUUAGAUUGUUUAUACGUAAUAUUAGGUAUAGAUAAGAUUUUAUAGGAGAUUGGGCCCAUGACUUAAUGUUAAGUUCCUUAUUCAUAUUGAUAUUAUUAGUUUUGUUUGUAUUUAUGUCACGUACACAGAUCAAUUCAUUACAUCAUAGAUUUAAACAGAUUAUUAUAGUACCUAUAAUAUUGCUAAUGAUUUGGUAAAUCUCUAUAUAUCCUAAUUACCAGUAUUUAUCAUUAAUAAACGACUGUGAUUUUUAUAUAA